AUGGUUGCUGUUGCUUCUGUGUACACACUAAUCUCAAGUAUCGCAGCAUACAGUUUGCGCCUAGUUGGCUGCAAUGACAAUCCUGAAGUGUCCCAUUCAUCGCACAAACUUCAAAAUGACGCACAUAAUAUCGAAGAACCCACUGCGGCUGAUAUAGAGUCCGAGAUUCGCGACAUCACCAACGACGUCGCAGUGAAAAAGGAGCUCUCGGCAGCCGCUGGAAAACUGGAGCAGAGUGCAAAGACUAAUACUGAGUCACGUAAGACCCUCGAUGGCAUAGUGAAGGAAGAGGAUCGAAUCCGAGAGGAGAUAGGCCACGUAAAGCUCGACAGGGUAAAAGAAUUGAAUGAUAGAAAGCGCGAAUUGUUGAAAAAAAUCGCAUCUAUUGGAAAAACACUACGCGUAGAGCACGACGCGCGCUUCCCUCAUUUAGCAGGUCAGCCGAUCAUCAUCGUAGCAAAAGACGAUGACGAUACCAAGCGCACGGCUAAUACGUUAGCUCACAUGGAAGGUUUGAGUGACGCAAUGAACAAGAUACGUUCUCCGUGCUCCAGUCUCGAACGAAUUCGCUCCGACACUCUGCAGCGUGCCAAGAAAAGUAACCACGAUCGCUUUGCCGUCGUUCAGAAAACGCUGGAUUCCAUGUCACUAGAAGAGCGUUUGCACUACGACCGAAACAUGAUAGAACACUAUGAAGGAAUCAUACGCGAGCUUGAGGAGGGCAUUGCCGAAGCAGACGCAGAAAUUGACGCGUCUUGGCAGUUGUACAGACAGUGA